AUGAAGGUCUGUCGGAGUCUGUCUGAGAAUAUCCUGACUGUCAACAUGUUACUGAGUGUCUUCAUUCUUCCCGAUUCUCCAUGGAGUCCCAGCAUUAAUAUCUCUGUUGGUGACCUGAGGGAGCAUCAGUCUGUCACUAUAACCUGCUCAGCUUUCACUCCCUGUCCACAAUCACCUCCUGAACUCACCUGGAAUCUCCAACAAGACUCUCUCAGACAAACAGAGAAAAACACAGAUGAAACCUUUACAACUAAAAUCCAGGAGACCAUCACUCUGUCAGACACACAUGAUGGAUACAACAUCAGAUGUUCUGCCAGAUAUCCUGUGAUUGGAGGAAUCAAGACAGCAGAGACAGAAGUGACUCUCAGUGUUUCAUAUGCUCCUAGAAACACCUCAGCAUCCAUCAGUCCAUCAGGUUUGGUGUCAGCAGGUAGCAGGGUGGAGCUGAGCUGCACCAGCAGAGCCAAACCUCCACCCAGCUUCACCUGGUUCAGGAAGUGUGAACAUGGAGCCAUGAAUGUAUCUGGACAAGGUUAUGGCUUCAAUGCUACUGAGAGAGGAGAGUAUUACUGUGUGGCUACAAAUGAUCUGGGAAAUCAGUCAUCAUCAUUGAUCUCUGUGAAUAUGAUCAACAAACAGAUAGAUACAACUACAGUUCUUCACUGGCUGCCCGUUGUGGCCGGGUGUAUUUGUUUCAUCUGUCUCAUGGCCAUUGUUGCUUGGUUGUGCAAGCUCAGACGUUCAACUCCUCAACAGACUAAGCAAAGAAAUGAGGAUCCUGCUUUCCCAAUGAGAGCUGAAAAGACAGAGGAAGAACUUUAUUAUGCAGAGCUGAACUUCCUCCCAGCUUCCUACUUCCUCCCAGCUUCCUCCACCUCCGAUCAGGACGGAGAGCAGCAGGAGACGCUGUACGCAGAGGUGAAAGUGUCUGCUGAUGGUCUGGAGGGUCUCUAUGCUGAAGUGAACAAAAAAAGAAGAUAGUUUUUCGUUCUGAGAUUUAUUUUUUGUUUUUGUUCGCAGAAAAUGUUUGUCCAUUUCAAACGCAACAUCUGUAAUCUUAACAUUUGCAAUUUCGCUGUUGCUUAGUUGUAGUUUAACCCAUGAGUCGCUGUUACAAAAUAAAGACUGGAGUGGAAGCACAGAGAGAGAGAGAGAGUUUCAUGUCUGCUGACUUUGAAUUUGAUGAUAAGAACAUUCAGCUUCAGCUUGAAAUCAAACCUUAAGCAUAAUAUGUAUAAACCAGCAAAUGUUUAAAAACAAUGUUGAUUACAUUUUCUGUAAUUGUACAUAUUUGGUAACAAUCUGCCUUUGUUUUCGUUUGGUUGAAAGAAAAUAAGAAUGUGUCAAUGUUCAUUUUUUACUGUUUAUUUGACAAAUGAAUCAAAGUGAACAUCCUGAAAUGUUCUGAGGAAAUACUUUUCUGAUUAAGUUGGUCAUUUGUUUUAGUUAAUUUUUUUUAUGCCCUUCUAAAUUUAAAAUAAAAACAUUUCACCAGUGUCUA